AUGGAAACCCGGAAACGGUUGCUGGGACCGAAGCACCCUGAUACUCUGGCCAGCAUGGCUGGCCUCGCAUCAACAUACCAAUCUCAAGGGCGUUGGAGAGAAGCGGAAUGGCUAGAGGUGCAAGUAAUGGAAACCCGGAAACAGGUGCUAGGGUCAUGGCAUCCUGAUACUCUGACAAGCAUGGCCAAUCUUGCAUCAACAUACUGGAACCAAGGGCGAUGGAAAGAGGCAGAAGCGCUGGAGGUGCAAGUGAUGGAAACCCGGAAGCAGGUAUUAGGAUCAUGGCAUCCUGAUACUCUGACGAGCAAGGCCAAUCUUGCAUUAACAUAUCAAUAUCAAGGGCGAUGGAAAGAAGCGGAAUGGCUAGAGGUGCAAGUGAUGGAGACCCGACAACAGGUAUUAGGGCCAGAGCAUCCUAAUACUCUGACAAGCAUGGCAAACCUUGCAUUGACAUACCGAAAUCAAGGUCAAUUGAAGGAAGCUGAAAGGCUUGGUGUGCAGGUAAUGGAGACCAGUAAGCAGGUACUCGGGUCAGACCAUGAUGACACUCUGGCUAGCAUGGCCAAUCUUGCAUCAACAUACUGGAGUCAAGGAAAAUGGAAAGAAGCGGAAGCGCUGUUUAUACGGGUUUUGAAUACCCAGAAACAAGUGCUGGGUCUAGAGCACCCUGACACUCUGGCCAGCAUGGCCGACCUCGCAUCAACCUACCAAAACCAAGGCCAAUGGAAGGAAGCAGAAGAGCUGUUCAUACAGGCGAUGGAGAUUCAGACAACUGUGCUAGGAUCAGAGCACCCUGAUACCCUGAUCAGUACGGCUAAUCUCGCAUCAACAUACCGAAGUCAAGGUCGAUUGAAGCAAGCCGAAAGGCUUGGUGUGCAGGUAAUGGAGACUAGCAAACAGGUACUCGGGCCAGACCAUCCUUACACCUUGACCAGCAUGGCCAAUCUUGCAUCAACAUACUGGAGUCAAGGAAAAUGGAAAGAAGCGGAAGCGCUGUUUAUACGGGUUUUGAAUACCCAGAAACAAGUGCUGGGUCUAGAGCACCCUGACACUCUGGCCAGCAUGGCCGACCUCGCAUCAACCUACCAAAAUCAAGGCCAAUGGAAGACAGCAGAACAGCUGUUCAUCCAGGUAAUGGAAAGCCAAAAACUUGUGCUGGGCCCGGAGCAUACGAACACUUUGACUACUAUGGCAAACCUCGCGUCUGUGCUAUUAAGACAAGGUCAAUGGCGGCAGGCUGAAGAACUACACCUACGAGUGGUUGAGACAAGAAAAAAAGGCCUGGGCGAGGUAGACCCUCCUACGCUAAAUAGCAUGGUGGACUUAGCUUCCAUAUACAAGCAUCAAGGACGCCUUGCUGAAGCUAAGGAGCUUGAACGGCAAAUAGAGGAUGCUCGUAUAUGGCAACUGGAGCAGGACUCGGACACAGAUUCGGAAACAUCUAUCAUUUCAUCUAUCAUGUCGGAAGCCUAUUCUCAUGAUAGCACGACCUCCUCGGGGUCACUCUACGAGACCCAACGUGCUGUCCCCGAAAGAGUAGCACGAGCAUUAUUUGAGGAAAUGGAACUUCAAGCUUAUUACAGAAGAGCCAUUGAGAAAUUUGGGAAAGCGCAUUUUACAAGAAACCAUGACCAUAUCCUAAGAAGGCUUUUCAAGGAUCUCAGAUUGGAAGCCAAAAAUCCUCAUCAUCGACGGGCACUUCGCUUUGCCAAUUGGCUUUCGCUUAAUAGAGUGACCGAGUUAAUAUGCGAGCUCUGUGAUCCAAACCCAGAUCUUCAGCAGCUCCGAACCACUCAGCUAUUACUCACGCAGAAGGAAGAUCGUCAGUUCAUUCUGAAUCGACAUCUAAGAUCACUAGCCAACAAGUUAGACAACACCUCAAUUUCCGAACUGCAUGACCCAGGCAUGACGGUGACGGAGGCGGUGGUCAUGCCGGACUUCGAGACAAAAAAGGAUUCUAAACAUCAUGGAGAUGACAGAGAGCGCAGAGAGGACGGAGAGGAUGAAGAGGACGAGGAAGAUGAGGGAGAUGUAGACCAGGCCCGGAUGCUCCAGCAGUUAGAUAUGGAAUAUCUCAUGGGUGGAAAGCCUUUCCGGUCUUAUAAGGACAGUGUUCGACAUCUCUCUCACACUCCCAACACGAUGAAGGAAGCUAUUGAAUCACAAAACAUUGACAACAUCCGAAGGUUGUUAAGGAAGGGAUCUGAUCUGGCGGUAAUGGACGAAUACGCCUGGAUAGAGGAACUUUACAAACUAGGGUACUCUGUUGACGAUAUUGCAGAGCUUCUGAUUGAAAACGCCAAAGACUCUCCCUGGAUUAAUUUUGAGCCAAAUUCUUACGAGGAGGCUGAGCCACAACAUGGGUUGCACCUUAGAGAUUGUGCUCAUCAAUUCUCUUUCAAUAGACCGCUCUCUCAGGGCCAAUUAUUGACUACAGAGACCGUGAGCCGGACAGAGAUCGUCCAAGAGAUUCAAGAACUCUGUGGCCUUGCUGGAAUUACUCCUGGUUCACCAGAGCUUCGGAGUCGCACCGGUUCCGUCAAAUUUGAAGAACAGAACUCGGUUGCUAUUAUCUCCUACGCUGUAAAUGAGAAUGACCAUGAUCUGGAUGGAAACUCUAUUAUUUCCAGGCUGUAUCGCAUCAUUGAACGCCUUUCCUCUGCUGCUGGUCGAGUUCAAUCGGCAGGUCUCUGCUGCGACUGCUUCACCAUCAUACGAUUUCCGGAAGACCAGCCCAAUCCGCAACUAUCAUCAGUUAACCAGGUUGAGAUGUGUUGUAUGGAAUUUGAACUCAUCGUACAGAUGAAAACUGAGUUACGGCGCCUUCUGAGCGUCGAAUGCAUUGAAAUGACAGACGUCGCCGGUAUACGAGCAGUCACAGAGCGGAUCCUUGAACUUCUUACACAAACGGCAAGAAAUAUCCCUGUGGACACGGUCGACUGUGUUUUCAACUAUUGUUGCCUAGCGAUUCAAUUCCUCUCUUUAGGUUUUCUAUCGUACUUUCAAGCGCACAUGGGGCCCAUACAAUUCUUCUUCUUGGAUACUCUGCAAACUACUUAUGUGCUUUCAGGAAAUGAGGUGUCUCCCAGUCGAUACCAUGAGAUCAUAGCAAGCUUAACCAAUCUCACCUGUAUGGGUGAAAUGAUUCAGUCUCCAGUUUUCACGUUCAGGAUUCGUUCCGCGGAGACAAAAGAUUCUGUCGAAAAAACUGGGCCAAAACAUGAUCUUCUCGCGAGUAUUGAGGACAUUCUUGAUACCUGGGGUCCGGGACAGGUCAUUGCCCGACGCUUGGACAACCUGCCGUACGCGAUCAGGUUGGGGGGUGGUUUCAUUACUUAUGACGGUCGAAAAUACCACUGGAGCCAAGAUGUAGCGGCCGAACAGUGGUCUCCUAUCAAGUGGGAGCGGCGUCACAAAGUAGUGAUAGGAGCAGUGGUUACAGUCAAUGGGCUCUGCACGAUUGACGAAAACCAAUACUGGGCCAAGUCAUCCACAAUUCUUGAGCCCCUGGGUACGUAUCCAACAUGGUGGGAGCUUAACCAGAGACAGUCUGGGUUUCAGGCUGGCAACUAUGUCCUAUAUCAGAUCAACGGUGUUUGGUGCAAAAUGCAUGGCAGAACUCUAAAACAGUCCAAGCUUGAGCAAGACGAUGAAAUGCUGAUCCCUUUCUUGGAUGACCUCUGGGGCCUUCAGGUCAGCUUUUGCACGAGUGUUGCACGCCGUGUCGCCCUCCGAGAGAUGGUGGCUGAUCUGCUGCCAACGUUUGCUACCGCUACCUACACUAAUGAGCAGCAAGAACUAUGGGAAGAUCUCAAGAUGAAUUACAACAUUGUGGAUUCAUUCAAGGGAGGCAAUCUUAAAGACUGGUUCAGGUUGCUCACUCCUCAACUGUACCAGUAUACCUUGGGCAUUUUGCGUAAGAUGUUCAAUGUGCUUCAACACACGGGAAUCGAUAGGGAAGGAAGGUAUCUUUUGGUUUCAUGGCCUCACGAACAUGAUCUCCUACGAGGCUUCAAAAUACCAUGUGAAAAGCAGAGCUCUUGGGCGCGAAUACUCGCCGACUCUGAUGAUUGUGCCACAUUCGCGUACAUCUCGUCGAAGUGUCUCGAAACUGAAACGAUAAAGUGCAGUGGGCCGCUUCGGAACUGGACAAACACGACUCUACUUCUCGAAACAGCAGUCAUAUUUCAUAAUUUGAAAGAACCAAGCUUCGAAUUGGAGAAUGACGAGAUAUUUUUCUUCAAGAAACUGGACUCAUUACUCUAUGUAAGAGUGCACAGACGAAACGAAACUAGCGCAGCGAGUCUUCUCACUCCAUCCACGUCGAUUGCGUCGAUACCCUGGAGCUUGCAGCAAAGAUUAUUUAUGAGAGAAAAACAAAGAAGGAAGAGGAGAUUACGGGAGAAACAAGCGACUUACGACAUUGGUGAGACAGUGGUUGUAUUAGCAGCUAAGGGCUUGCUGUAG